AUGACCAACAAGACUGCGAGGAAAACCCAGGGAGCGAUGCCGGCUGAAGAAUCCGCCAAGAAAGUUGUCUCAAAAACAAUACCUGCGCUUCGACAAUUGUCAAAGGGGAUGAGCGUGAGUGGAAUGAUUGGCGUGGCCGUUGGAGUUGCCGCCAAGCGUCUCACGCAAGACGCCUUGUACGGUGCUGGACUUGCCGUCGUUGCGCUCCAGAGCCUCAGCUACUUGGGUUACAUCCAAAUCAAUUGGAAAAAAGUGGAGAGCGACCUCAACCAGGUGAUCGACGCCAAUGCUGACGGUAAAGUGGAUGGAAAGGAUCUUAAGGUUUAUUUUGAUCGCUUUAUCAAAUUUGCCAGCAAAGGACUUGGUGACGCGGGUGCAUUUGCUGCAGGCUUCAUUACUGGGGCCAGAUACCUGGCCUAA